UAAUUAUUGCAUGGAGCCCUUCUGGAUCACUUUCUGCUAUAUUCGAACCAGCUGUUUUCAGAAAUGUUAUGACAAUAUUCGUGACAGCUGCGUUUCUAAACUUCCUUCAAGCCACACUUGAGAUAGUUCUUAACUGGAAGGCUUGGAGGAGCCUAGUUUGCUCGCAGAUGAUACGGCAUAUUCUGAAAUUUGUUGUAGCGAUUGGCUGGUUGAUAAUUCUUCCAGUGACGUACACAAGUUCUAUUCAAAAUCCCACAGGCCUUAUCAAGUUCUUCAGCAACUGGAUCGGCAAUUUCCAGUGUCAAUCAAUUUAUAAUGUUGCAGUUGCUCUUUACAUGUUGCCGAACAUUUUCAGUGCCUUGUUUUUCAUAUUUCUACCAAUUCGAAGGAAACUGGAGCAUUCAAAUGCUCACGUUAUUAGAUUUCUUUUGUGGUGGACGCAGCCAAAAUUAUAUGUUGCCCGAGGCAUGUAUGAGGACACAUGUUCACUUCUUAAGUACACUACAUUCUGGGUUCUAUUGCUCAUAUGCAAGCUCGCCUUCAGUUAUUAUGUUGAGAUUUCUCCUCUAGUUGGACCUACCAAGACAAUUAUGUUUUUGGGACGGGGGAGAUACAUCUGGCACGAAUUCUUUCCAUACUUGCAGCAUAAUUUAGGUGUUGUUUUUACUAUAUGGGCACCAGUUGUCAUGGUAUACUUCAUCGAUACGCAAAUAUGGUAUGCUAUUUUUUCCACAGUAUGUGGCGGAGUAAAUGGUGCCUUCAGCCGCUUGGGAGAGAUCCGAACCCUUGGGAUGUUAAGAUCAAGAUUCGAGGCAAUCCCAAAAGCUUUUGGUAAAAAUCUUGUGCCUACACAUCGUAGUGAACCAAAGAGACAUGAGCAGGAUGACUGGACUUCGCGUAUGGAAAAGAAGUUCUCUGACAUAUGGAAUGCAUUCAUCAUCUCUUUGCGAGAGGAAGACUUAAUAAGCAAUAGCGAGAGAGAUUUAUUGGUUGUUCCCUCAUCUGUGGGUGACACUAGCGUUACUCAGUGGCCUCCUUUCCUUCUCGCUCGCAAGAUUCCAAUGGCACUUGAUAUCGCAAAGAGUGUCAAGAAAAGGGAUGAAGAACUACUAAGGAGGAUAAAACAGGAUCCAUACACCUAUUAUGCCGUAAUAGAGUGUUACGAGACAUUGUUAGAUAUUCUGUACAGCCUUAUAGCAGAAACAAGUGAUAUGAAAGUUCUUGAUCAAAUACGUGAGAGUCUUGAAGAGAGCAUACGCAACCUGUCACUUGUGAGAGAUUUCCGAUUGGAUGAACUUCAUCUGCUAAGCGAUAAAUUCAAUAAGCUGCUAAGUCUACUAUUGGAAAUUGAGCAAGAGGGGAAUGACACUACAAUAAUGACACAGAUUGCCAAUCUAUUACAAGAUACAAUGGAAAUCAUCACACAAGAUAUCAUGAAGAACGGAAAAGGUAUUUUGAAGGAUGAGAACAGAGAGAGUCAACUAUUUGCAAAUAUAAAUCUGGACUCAAUAAAGGAUGAAGCUCGGAGGGAAAAGUGUGUUAGGCUUCGAUUGUUGCUGACAACUACAGAAUCUGCAAUUUAUGUACCAAUAAACUUGGAAGCUCGACGCAGGAUGACAUUCUUUGCAAACUCACUAUUUAUGAAGAUGCCAAAGGCUCCACAGGUCAGCAGCAUGAUGUCCUUCAGUGUUCUAACUCCGUACUUCAAAGAGGAGGUGCUCUUUUCGACAGAAGAUCUUCAUAAAAAAAAUGAGGAUGGGAUAUCCAUCCUUUUCUAUUUACAGAAAAUAUAUCCAGAUGAAUGGAAGAAUUUGUUUGAGCGCAUAAAACCUAAGGAUGAGGAGUCCCGUAAAUCAAUGAUGGAGGAGAUCUCACUCUGGGCAUCUUAUAGGGGACAAACACUCACCAGAACUGUGAGAGGAAUGAUGUACUACAGGAGGGCGCUUGAGAUUCAAUGUAGUCAAGAUAAAAAUGGCAUUGCUAAAUUGGAUCGCCAGAGAACUAAAUUGGAUCGCCAGAGAACUAAAUUGGAUCACCAGAGAACAAAUUCAUCCUAUCAAGAGGGUGAAUCCAUUGCAGAUAUGGACCUGGCCAUUGUUGAUAUCAAAUUCACCUAUGUUGUCUCUUGUCAAGUCUAUGGCAUGCAAAAAGUAUCCAAGGAUCCCAAAGAGAAAGCUCGCUAUCUGAACAUCCUUAACCUCAUGAUGAUGUACCCGUCAUUGCGGAUUGCUUAUAUUGACGAGGUAGAAGCUCCGAAUACAGAUGGAAUGACAGAGAAGACUUAUUAUUCUGUUCUUGUCAAAGGAGUGGGUGACAAGUAUGAUGAGGAAAUUUACCGCAUCAAGCUUCCUGGCAAACCCACAAAUAUUGGGGAGGGAAAACCUGAAAAUCAAAAUCAUGCCAUAAUAUUCACCAGGGGAGAAGCACUCCAGCUCAUUGAUAUGAAUCAGGAUAAUUACCUCGAAGAGGCAUUUAAAAUGAGAAAUGUGCUGGAGGAGUUCGAGAGUACCAAAUAUGGACAGAGCAAACCCACUAUAUUAGGUCUCCGGGAGCAUAUUUUUACUGGAAGUGUUUCAUCACUUGCUUGGUUUAUGUCAAAUCAAGAGACCAGCUUUGUUACGAUUGGACAGCGAGUUCUGGCAAAUCCUCUCAAGGUUCGGUUCCAUUAUGGCCAUCCUGAUAUUUUUGAUAGACUCUUCCAUAUUACUAGGGGUGGCAUAAGUAAAGCUUCCAAGACUAUAAAUUUAAGUGAAGAUAUAUUUUCAGGUUUUAAUUCAACAAUGAGAGGAGGAAAUAUCACACAUCAUGAGUAUAUGCAAGUUGGUAAAGGACGUGAUAUGGGAAUGAAUCAAAUUUCAAGCUUUGAAGCUAAGGUUGCCAAUGGCAAUGGUGAACAAACAUUGAGUCGUGACAUCUAUCGUCUUGGACGCAGAUUUGACUUCUACAGAAUGCUAUCUUUCUACUUCACUACAGUUGGCUUUUAUUUCAGUAGCAUGGUUACUGUACUUACAGUCUAUGUAUUUUUGUAUGGGAGGUUAUAUCUCGUCUUGAGUGGUCUGGAAAAGUCUAUUUUGCUGGAUCCACGUAUUCAGGAGAAUAUCGAGCCUCUUCAAAAUGUGCUCGCUUCACAGUCAGUUUUCCAGCUUGGUUUGCUGCUUGUCCUCCCAAUGGUCGUGGAAGUGGGCUUAGAGAAGGGAUUUCGCACAGCAUUAGGAGAGUUCAUCAUCAUGCAGCUUCAGCUGGCCUCUGUGUUCUUCACAUUCCAGCUUGGCACCAAAACACACUACUACGGGCGGACAAUUCUCCAUGGUGGCGCCAAAUACAUACCUACAGGACGUGGGUUUGUUGUGUACCAUGCAAAGUUUGCUGAAAAUUAUCGCAUGUACUCCCGAAGCCACUUUGUUAAAGGACUUGAGCUGUUAAUACUUCUGGUUGUAUAUCUAGCCUAUGGAAGGUCGUACCGCACCAACUCGAGCUUGUACCUAUUUGUCACCUUCUCCAUAUGGUUCAUGGUGGCAUCUUGGCUGUUUGCACCAUUUAUCUUCAAUCCAUCAUGCUUUGAGUGGCAGAAGACGGUUGAUGACUGGACAGAUUGGAGGAAGUGGAUGGGUAACCGUGGGGGUAUCGGUAUGUCUGGAGAUCAAAGCUGGGAGGCUUGGUGGAGAAGUGAGCAGGCGCACCUCAGGAAAACCAGUGUUCGUGCUCUCAUCUUGGAAAUCCUCAUGUCUCUUCGUUUCUUGAUCUACCAGUAUGGUAUUGUGUAUCAUCUCAAAAUUGCACGCCACAACACAAGCAUUCUGGUGUAUGGGUUGUCAUGGCUGGUUAUGCUGACGGUUCUAAUAGUAUUGAAGAUGGUUUCCAUAGGACGGCAGAAAUUUGGGACAGAUCUUCAGCUUAUGUUCCGCAUCAUCAAGGGCAUUCUCUUUCUUGGCUUUGUCACUGUGAUGGCGGUCCUAUUUGCUAUAGGCGGCCUAACAAUUACUGAUGUAUUGGCUUGUACUCUCGGGUUCCUACCAACUGGUUGGUGUAUUCUUCUGAUUGGGCAAGCAUGCGCUCCAAUGAUCGAGAGGACUAUACUGUGGGACUCCAUCCAGGAGCUAGGGAGGGCAUAUGACAACAUCAUGGGUCUCAUCCUCUUCCUUCCCAUCGGCUUCUUGUCGUGGUUUCCCUUUGUCUCAGAGUUCCAGACACGGUUGCUCUUCAACCAGGCCUUCAGCCGGGGCCUCCAGAUCUCAAGGAUCCUUGCCGGAAAGAAGGACAUUGGGGAGUUCGAAUGAAUGACCAGUUCAUCUUUCAUUUCCCUCCCUAGCUAGUUUCUCUGAGAUGUCAUUGACCUUUAAAGAACGUAUGGAUAGUAGGCCAUGGUAUAUAUUGACCUCGCUCCCAUUUAUAUUUUGCCAAGAAAAUUUUACGGUGCAUUAUAAUACACCAGAUCAUGUGUAUUAUAUGGGCGAUCUAACGGAUGAGAA